AUGAUGUGCAGCAGCAAGAAUUUGCUCCUGGCUGCUUCAAUGUCAGUGCUCUUGCUCCACCUCUGCAGCAAGUCAGAAGCAGCAAGCAACUUUGACUGCUGUCUCCGAUACACAGAACGAAUACUUCACCCCAGUUUUCUUGUGGGCUUCACACAGCAGUUGGCCAAUGAAGCCUGUGACAUCAAUGCAGUCGUCUUUUACACCAGAAGAAAAUUAGCUGUGUGUGCAGAUCCAAAGAAGAAGUGGGUGAAGCAAGCUGUACACUUGCUCAGUCAAAGAGUCAAGAGGAUGUAA